CGCCCCACUUCCGGUUAUAUCUAUUUCAUGAGUGAGCCGCGUUGUUUUUCUUUUUUUCAGCGUUCACAUGUUCUAGAUAACCAAAUCGGCCCUGUAGCUUCUCUGUCCGUGUUUUUGAGCGGAGACUGACUGAGACGGGCUACAGCCGGGAAGGAAGUGCAGCUGAGCCGCCUCUCCGGACCGACCGACUGUCACAGCUCCGCCGCGGUCAGCCUUCAUAAGCGCUCGCAGCCUCCAGCCGGGGGAGAGGCGCCGGACAGGAGCGGGGCUGGCGGUGUUAUGGUACGGAAAACAACGGAGACGAGGCUAAGGGAGCUCUCUCUCACUGCGCCAUGGCGGCUGACAUCAGCCCUCGUCCCCAAGCCCGCAAGCCCGUCCUGCUCAGCAAGAUCGAAGCCCUUCAGGACGUGGUGAACACGGCCGUGAUCAUACCGAAGGAGGACGGGGUGAUCAGCGUCUCCCAGGACAGGACGGUCCGUGUAUGGCUGAAGAGAGACAGUGGACAGUACUGGCCCAGCAUCUACCACACAAUGCCGGCUCCCUGCUCGUGUAUGUCUUUUAACCCUGAGACCAGGAGGCUUUCUGUCGGGAUGGACAACGGAGUCGUCUCUGAGUUCAUCCUGUCAGAAGACUACAAUAAAAUGACUCCGGCUCGCUCCUAUCAGGCUCAUCAGGGUGGUGUGACUGUGGUGUUAUUUGUGUUGGAGAUGGAGUGGGUUCUGAGCACAGGACAGGAUAAGAGCUUUACCUGGCACUGCUCAGAGAGCGGUCAGCAGCUUGGCACCUACAGAACCACUGCGUGGGUGUCUGGACUUCAAUUUGAUGUGGAGACCAGACACGCUUUUGUGGGUGACCACUCUGGUCAGGUGACCAUCCUGAAACUGGAACAAGACAGCUGCAGUCUGGUCACCACUUUCAAAGGCCACACAGGUAGUGUAACAGCUUUGUGCUGGGAUCCAGUACAGAGGGUGUUAUUUUCUGGAAGCUCAGAUCAUUCCAUAAUUAUGUGGGACAUCGGGGGCCGGAAAGGCACAGCCAUUGAACUGCAGGGACACAAUGAGAAGGUGCAGGGACUGUGCUACGCUCCCCACACUCGCCAGCUCAUCUCCUGCGGCUCUGAUGGAGGAAUCGUCGUCUGGAACAUGGACGUUACACGUCAAGAGACUCCAGAGUGGCUGGACAGCGACUCCUGUCAGAGGUGCGAACAGCCGUUUUUCUGGAACUUUAAACAAAUGUGGGACAGCAAAAAGAUCGGCCUGCGACAGCAUCACUGCAGGAAGUGCGGGCAGGCCGUGUGCGGUAAAUGCUCGUCCAAGCGCUCCACCAUUCCGCUCAUGGGCUUCGAGUUUGAGGUGCGGGUUUGCGACAGCUGCCACGAGUCCAUCACUGAUGAAGAACGGGCACCCACCGCAACGUUUCAUGACAGCAAGCAUGCCGUCGUGCACAUGCACUAUGAGCCGACCAGGAGCUGGCUGCUGACCUCUGGAGCAGACAGGGUCAUCAAGUUAUGGGAUAUGACCCCUGUGGUAUCCUGAAAAGUGACCAUUACCUUGGCCAGCGGUGACCAUCCCACACCAGAGGAUGCUGACACCAUGGCAAUACUCAGCACAAGCUCUGUGUGGAUGGAGAAGAUACACAGAGUUCACCAUGGACCCAGAUGUUGUCUGCUGAGAAGAUGAAAAGCCUCUACAGGAUCAGCUCAAACAGCCUGCAAAGACAAACUGAACUCAAGGAAAAGUCUAGCACUGAUACAGAGGGUGGACACUUACAGGAGAUACCCAGGAUGUGUGCAUGUGUGUGUGUGUGUGUGUGUGAGAGAGCGACAUGUGGGACCAUGUACAGUCAUGUGAAAAGAAUAGCUUGACCAAACACGCUAAUGUGGCUAUCAGUGAAUGGAAGCUAAUGGCCAGCAGUUAGCAUGACAUCACUGGCACAGUACUAAUUGGUGGCUGUUCUUCUUUUUAAUUUAUUGUAAACAACAUUAGCUUUUUUGACUGAACUGUUCCUUUAAAAUGGGCCAGUCACGUCCUGCUUAAUCAUAUCCUGUGAAAAACACCUAAACUUUGUUACCCUCUUUAAAAACUAGUGUUGUGUUUAUUGUCUGUGAACAUGCAAAUCAAACUGUUCGUAUUGUUUUUAGGCAUGUGGCAUGUGUGAACAAAACAAAGCUCACAUUGAAGUGCCUUUCUCAUAUGUACUUAAUUUAUGUAAUACUUUGUCAGUUGAUCAUGGAUCGCCGAUUUGACACUAAAUUAAAACGAAUGUUGUUUAGCUGUAGUAAUAAUUAUUGAAAAGGGUCACACUUUAUGUGUGAAGCCCACCUGUUUGGAUCAGUAAAAGCUAAAUCCAGUUUAAA